CUCCCUGUUUCCAGCUGCUUGCAUAUGUCCUCUCUGCACUUUAGCAAGAAACGUGCCAAGGUGUGACGUUUAUGAACCCCAGCCACCGGGAGCCGUGCACACAAGCCCCGUUUGGCCUGUGAUGUGGGGAGGUGAUGAAUGGGCUGUUCUGCAUUCCCUCUGGCAGGCCUGGGGCCUUAUUUAUUGCACACUGGAGUAUAAAACCACCCGGCCGGCUGCAGCACUCGGCUCCAGCCCUGGCACUGGCCCGAGGAGACCACGGCGCCUGGAGCCCCGGCCAUCUUCUCCAGCAGGCUCCGUGGCUCUGUCGAGAAUCAUGCCGGGGCAGCUGAUCUGUUGGCACCUGCUGGCUUUGUUUUUCCUCCCAUUUUGCCUGUGUCAAGAUGAGUACAUGGAGGUGAGCGGAAGAGCUAAUAAAGUGGUGGCGAGAAUAGUGCAAAGCCACCAGCAGACCGUCCGUGGUGGCUCCCGGAGGGAGACAGUGAGAGAGCGGAGCCAUGCUAAAACUGGGACUGUGGAUAAUAGCACUUCUACAGACCUAAAACCCCUGAGACCAGAUGAGCUACCGCACCCCGAGGUAGAUGACCUAGCCCAGAUCACCCCAUUCUGGGCCCAGUCUCCACCUACCGGAGGGCUGCCCCCAGACUGCAGCAAGUGUUGUCAUGGAGAUUACAGCUUCCGGGGCUACCAAGGGCCCCCUGGACCUCCCGGCCCCCCUGGCAUUCCAGGAAACCACGGAAACAACGGCAAUAACGGAGCCACUGGUCACGAAGGGGCCAAAGGGGAGAAAGGAGACAAAGGCGACCUGGGCCCGCGAGGGGAGCGGGGGCAGCAUGGCCCCAAAGGAGAAAAGGGCUACCCGGGGAUUCCACCAGAACUGCAGAUUGCAUUCAUGGCUUCUCUGGCAACACACUUCACCAAUCAGAACAGCGGCAUUAUCUUCAGCAGUGUGGAGACCAACAUCGGAAACUUCUUUGAUGUCAUGACUGGUAGAUUCGGGGCCCCAGUGUCAGGUGUGUACUUCUUCACCUUUAGCAUGAUGAAGCACGAGGAUGUUGAGGAAGUGUAUGUGUACCUCAUGCACAAUGGAAACACAGUCUUCAGCAUGUACAGCUACGAAACAAAAGGGAAAUCGGAUACGUCCAGCAAUCAUGCAGUGCUGAAGCUGGCCAAAGGAGACGAGGUUUGGCUGAGAAUGGGCAACGGCGCUCUUCACGGGGACCACCAGCGCUUCUCCACCUUCGCGGGCUUCCUGCUUUUCGAAACUAAGUGAAUAUAUGAAGAGACCAGCUCCACCUUGGGGAAGAGUUGGAGCUGAACUGGUAUUGUUAUGACCUGAGGAACAUUAGAGUGGAGGGUUCUAUGUAGUGUAUCUUUUAAAGACACUUUUUGGUUGCAUUGCUAAUCAUGUUGCAGAUACAGCAAUAAUGUGGGAUGACUCAGGGGCUCAGAAGAGGAAAACACAAAACAGCUUUCUCAUGUGACUUUGACUGAUAUACUUACCACUUUUAUCACUCUUCCCUAGGCACCUGAAAGAAAAUUCCCCUCUUGAUACAGGUUGGAAAUAAUUGUUCCCAUCAGAGAAGUUAUUUGCAGAGAGUUUGGGCGGCUCUGUUUUUAAUCAAAUAGCAGCUUUCAGAAACGGCUGAGGUUGGGGCUCAUCAUUAUAAUGCUGCAGCAAACAGGAUGCAGUGAUUACGGUGGGGCUGGGCAAGGACGGGGCACUGUCAGGAUCGAGGUGCCGGAAACAUUUGCAAAGCCAAGACCGGGAAGUUACACUUUGAUCCAGUGGGUCAAUAUCCAUAAAUAAAGUUCAGGGUCUUUUUGUUUUGUUUUGUUUUGUUUUUUAGGAAUUCCUGGUAGCUUUUAGAUAGCAAAAGUAUGCACAAUGCCCACAGAUAACCGACUCGUUGUUUUUCAGUAACAAUACUGCAAUUGACUCUUCGCCACUCACUACAUUUCUUAGAGCGCCAUAGACCUUUGUUGACACUGCCCUGCAGAGCCGGCUGGGGUGAGCUGAGGUCCACAUUGCAUGGAUAUCGUCACCUUCUUUUUCUCAGUCUAGAAAUUACCUUGAUGUACUGGACAUAUGCUGACAAGUCACAUGGAAGAAGCUUAGAUUCAGUUAUACACAGUCAAACUAAUGGAUACAAAAUACAAGGGCAUUCCACUUAGGAGACAUACGACAAGUCUCUUAACCUUUUU